AUGGCGAUUCCCCUUGGACAAUCGCCUCCCAGCGCCGCCGAUUUGGCGGCGCGCCUCAAGGCGUGCGCCAAGAACAGGGAUCUCGCCCAGGGCAAGCUUCUCCACAACGUCAUUCUCUCCAGCGAUUCCCACCGCCGCGACAAUUACCUCGCCAAUCUCCUCAUCGCAAUGUACGCCAGAUGCGGCAGCAUCGAUCUCGCGCGCCAGAUCUUCGACGCGAUGGAAGCGCCCAAUUCCCACUCGUGGAACGCGAUGCUCGUCGCGUAUGCCCGGACGGGGUAUGUGUCCCAGGCCAGGAAGAUCUUCGAUGAGAUGCCAGCGCCACACAAGGGGCUUUUGACGUGGAACGCGAUGAUUGGUUCGUACGCCCGUGCCGCGGAUCCACGUCACGCCAGGGAGAUCUUUGACCAGAUGACGUGUCGGGACGUGGUGACGUGGAAUUCCUUGCUGGCAGCGUAUGCUCACGCGGGGCAGUUGUCUCUAGCUAGAAGAGUUUUCGAGAGUAUUCCCCGACCGGACAAAAUCUCUUGGAAUAGCAUAGUAACCGCAUUUGCCCAGAACAGGGAUAUUGUGCAAGCAAGAAGUUUCUAUGAUCGAGUGCCACAUCCAACAGCCAUUGCAAGCGCUGUUCUUAUCAAAGCAUAUGGCCAUGAAGCAAACAUAGUCGAAGCGGAAAACAUUUAUAAAAAUCAUCUCAAACAAGAUUUAGUAUGUUCAAACGCAAUGCUCUUAGCAUAUGCCAAUAACGGGCAUUUGUACAAGGCCAUUAAUCUCUUUAAAGAGAUGGCUGAAAAGGACGAGAUCACAUGGAAUACAAUGCUAAAUGCUUAUAUUUGCAGCAAAAAUCUUUACGAAGCUAGAAUAUGUUUUGACGAGAUGCCACAACGAGAUAUCGUGGCAUGGACUUCCAUGGUCACUGCGUGUGUCAACCUUGGCAAUCUCGACGAGGCCAAGGCACUGUUUGAUUCCAUGCCAAACAAAGAUGCCACCUCUUGGACGGUGAUUCUUACGGCAUAUGCUCGCUCUGGGGAUAUUCGUAAAGCUCACUCUUUGUUUCUGAGCAUGCCUGUCAAGGACACCGUUGCAUGGAAUGCGAUGCUAUCGGCAUUUGUGAAUGCGGGAGAGAUGGACUACGCUAAAAAGCUUUUUGAUAAAAUGCCCAUUCCCACCACUGUAUCUUGGAAUGCUAUGGUAUUUGGUUAUGGUCGGCUGGGACAAGUCUCUAAAGCAAAGGAAAUGUUCGAUGUUAUACCAAGAAAGAAUCUCGAGUCGUGGAACGCAAUGCUUGGAGUGUAUGCUCAAAACCAAGGGUUGCAUCAAGCAAGGGAUCUUUUUGCAGGUUUUACUUACAAACCAGACGUGAUAUCGUGGACGACAAUGAUUACGGCAAAUGCCAAUGUUGGAGAUUUGGAUGGAGCAAAGUCGUGCUUUCAUCAGACGCCUUGCAGGAACUCAGUUUCCUGGAAUGCCAUGAUCUCGGCUUAUACUCACAACCGUUUAGGAAAAGAGGCACUGGAUCUCUACAAAGAAAUGGACAUUGAAGGAAUUGAGGUGGACGAGUCUACACUGAUGCAACUGGAAGGUAUUAAGCCUGACAAUAUAACCUUGCUAGCCAUUCUCUCAGCAUGCAACCACUCAGGAAAUCCUGACGCGGGCCUACUCUACUUUUAUUCCGUCACAGAUUUCGGGUUGGAUCCUACAAUUGACCACUACAGCUCUAUCAUUGAUCUGCUGGGACGAUCUGGUAGAUUGCAAGAGGCCGGGGAGCUGCUAGAGAGCAUGCCAUUUGAAGCAGAUAUUGUGGCAUGGGUGACAUUGUUGGGUGCUUGCAAGAUCCAGAGAGAUCAUGGCCGAGCAAUGCAAGUAAAGGAUCAGGUUAUGGAGCUGGGACCUCAAGGCGCAGCUCCAUAUGUUUUGCUUUCAAUGCAAUGA